AUGGCACUUAAAGGCAACAUCGAUAUCUUCCAAAUCACUGACAAGCAGUUCACACCUAAGGAUAUUGAAUUCACCUUACAUAAACCUCUUAGAUAUUCCCAAAAUAUUGAAGAAAGAAUCUUUUUAACUAACAAACCCCCUUUUGGUAAUUAUCAGGUUUGGGAUGAUAAGGAUGUAGUUAGUAAAGUAGUGGCUAAGCCUCCUCGGUUCUAUCAAAAGAAAGUUUAUAAUAGUGAUGAAUUUGGGGAAGAAGAAAUCAUUCAAGCCGUCAGCGAAGGAAUAUUUUUUGGCACCCAUCAGGCAAUAAAAUUUAAGAAAAAGGAAGAUAAAAAAAAGAACAGUGAUUAUUAUUUAAUAACUAAAAAUAAGCAAGUCCAAACCAUUUUGGAUAAUUCUCUCAUUAAGUUAGAAGCCGUUAAUUGGACCCGAGAUUUACAAGACACCCCACCUAACAAACUACAUGCUAAGGAAUUUGCCGACCAAGUUAAGCAUAAAUUUAGCAAGUUAAAAAAUAUUGAAGUAGAAAUCUUAGAUAAAAAACAAAUUGAAAAGAACAAAAUGGGUUUAUUAUUAGCUGUCAAUGCUGGUA